CUGAAGAUAGCAGAUUUUGGAUUUGCCAGGUCGUUGCCAAAUGCAAUGAUGGCAGAGACUCUAUGUGGUUCACCGUUAUACAUGGCUCCAGAGAUUUUGCGAUAUGAAAAAUACGAUGCCAAGGCCGAUCUAUGGAGUGUUGGGGCAGUACUUUACGAGAUGGCAGUUGGAAAGCCACCAUAUCGUGCAAUGAAUCAUGUCGAGUUGUUGAAGAAGAUCGAGCACUCGAAA